AUGUUUACGACUGACCCUAGGCAGGGAAUUAAGUGCAAACCGAUCCAAGAAGGAAAUAAAAAAAACACUUCGAUCAACAUCCUCUCUCUCGUCUUCAUCGCCAUCUCGAUCGUCACGUACUGCACGGAGACGGUAGAGGGCGCGCGCGUCUGGGUCGCCAUCUACUCUCACAAUGCGUCGGCGAAUGCGACGCAGCUCGUCGGCCUGACGAGCGAGCCGUCGUCGGCGCUCGACGUCAUCGAGUGGAUCGUCACCGUCUACUUCACGCUAGAGCUGCUGCUGCGCUUCGCCUUCUCGCCGGACAAGCGCGCCUUCACGCGCGGGGCUCUGAACGUCGUUGACCUGCUGUCGAUCAUGCCCUUCUACUGCAAGCUGAUCAUCAAGGCCGUCAAUCCGAACGUGACGCAGAAGACACUCGAGUUUCUCAACUUUUUCCGCGUUGUGCGCAUUUUCCGCAUCUUUAAGCUGACGCGGCAUCUUAGCGGCCUGAAGAUUCUCUUCCACACGAUCAAGGCUAGUCUGAAGGAGCUGUUUCUGCUCAUCAUGAUCAUCGUCAUCGGCAUUCUGAUCUUCGCGAGCCUCAUCUACUACGCAGAGCGAUUCGCCGACAAUCCCGAGAACGACUUUGACAGCAUCUUUCGCGGAUUCUGGUGGGCACUCAUCACCAUGACGACGAUCGGCUACGGCGACGUCGUACCGAAGACGGUUUCCGGUGAGUGA